UCCGCUCGCACCGCCACCGGCACCGCCACCAGCACAGGCACCGGCACCGGCACCAUGACCGUCACACGGCUCGACCAGGGACAGCGCUACCGCCCGCGGAUGGCCUUCCUCAAAAAGAUUGAAGCUCUCAUGAUGGAGAUGCAGAGCCCAGACACAGGAAUCAAGACACAGGCACAGCCAGUGAUGGUCACCAGCAUCCCCCACGCUGUGACAGGUAAUGAUAUAAUGCAGUGGAUCCUUCAGCGCUUGCAGAUCACUGCAGAAGAGGCACUCCACCUGGGAGACCUGUUUGUCAAAUACGGAUAUAUCUACCCUCUCCAGGAGCCAAAGAACCUCACCCUGAGGGCAGAUGGCAGCCUCUACAGGUUUCAAACCCCUUAUUUCUGGCCAGUGCAGGGCUGGGCUGCUGAUGACACUGACUAUGCAAUUUAUCUAGCAAAGAAGAACAUUAAAAGGAAAGGGAUUUUGGAAGAAUAUGAAAAGGAACAUUACAACAUGCUCAAUCAAAAAAUAAACUACAAGUGGGAUUUUGUCAUUAUGCAGGCCAAGGAGCAGUAUAAGGCAGGGAAGGAGCGGAAGAAGGAGGACAGGUAUGCUCUGGACUGCCAGGAGAGAGCCUACUGGCUUGUGAACAGAACUCCUCCAGGCAUGCUGAGCGCCCUCGAGUAUGGAAUGGACCGAGUCACAGAUCCCAAUGAAAAUAAGAAAAAUACUAUGGAAUUCUACAGGAGAGAGAUCAUGUACUAUCAGCAGGCCAUCCUGAAGACCAGAGUGAAAUCUUCUGUCUCUCUUGGAGGGGUUGUGAAGUACUCGGAGCAGUUCCUCUCCAAUGAUCCCAUCCUGUCUGGAUGUCUCCCCAGCAACCCUUGGAUAUCAGAUGACCCUGACUUUUGGGAUCUCAAUGCAAAGCUGGUGGAGGUGCCCACCAGGAUGCGCGUGGAGCGAUGGGCCUUCAACUUCAGCGAGCUGAUCCGGGACCCCAAGGGCCGCCAGAACUUCCAGAUCUUCCUGAAGAAGGAGUUCAGCGGAGAGAAUCUGGGUUUCUGGGAAGCCUGUGAGGAUCUCAAGUAUGGAGAUCAAUCCAAGGUGAAAGAAAAAGCAGAAGAAAUCUACAAGCUCUUCCUGGCUCCAGGAGCGAGGCGCUGGAUUAACAUCGAUGGCAAAACAAUGGGCAUCACAGUCAAGGGCCUGGAGCACCCUCAUCGUUAUGUUCUAGAUGCUGCUCAGACCCACAUCUACAUGCUGAUGAAAAAGGACUCCUAUGGCCGCUAUUUAAAGUCUCCAAUAUACAAGGAAAUGCUGGCCAAGGCUGUUGUGCCACAAGAGGGUGUCAAAAAAAGCACGGGUUUGUUCGGACGCCGCCACCUGCGCUCCAGCCCCAGCCCCAUCAUCCUGAGGCAGCAGGAGGAAGAGGCCAAGGCCAGGGAAGCCGCCAACACCGUGGACAUCACGCAGGUCAUGAGCAAGCUGGAUCGCAGGAACCAGCUCCAGAAGGAAGCUCCUCCCAAGUAGGCUCUGAGCCCCGCAGGGAAAAGACAAGGCGAGGCUGGGCUGAGCUUCGUCUCCCCUUCCUGAAGGUGUCAGUGCUGCUUUAGCUUUCCCAGGCCGGCUCUGGGCUCUGCUUCCCACUCGUUGCCAUGGCUGCUGGAGAGCAGAUGUCCCUUCCCGGGCAGUGCCAGGCUGCUGCUGUGCCAGGCUCGGGGGGCAGCACCCCGCACAGCUCGGAGGGGAGAUGCCUCCUGCUGCCCCCACAGCCCCGGGAGGCUGCAGAGCCCGCCUGCCUGUCCCUGCUGCUCCAGGGCAGGCCAGAGCUGUGCCCUGGUGGGUUCAGACCAGCCUGCCCUGGCCUGAAGGGGAUGAGCCUGCGGGGAGCAGGGUGAGGUGACCCAGCCCAGAGUGUCCCUGCUGGCCUCCACCCCAUGGGGGGCUCUGCACCCUCCCAGGGGCUGCAUCUGGUACCCCCUGAGAGGAGCACACCCCCACUCCAAGAGUCCUGCACCUCCAGCCAGCACCACAGGCACAAGAGCUGCUUGUGGGAGCAGUAGCAGGAGCAUUUCUGAAGGUUUAGCUGACCUUCUGAAUUUGAAUGACACUCCCACAUCCCCUGGCACGCUGGAGAUGAUCAGCAGGAAGCUCUGCUCUGCUCUCCCUGUGACUCCUGUGCUGUGAGCUGGGUGUGCAGGUGCAGAGAGCUGCCCCUGCCAGAGCCAAGAGAGAUUUUAUCCAAUCCUUCCCACCUCUUGUCUUGUCUUUUUCCUGCUCUUUUUCUGUUGUUAAAAAUCCAACAGGAGGUAGCUGCAGUUGUCACUGGCUUGUAGCCCAGAGGCAAAGGAGAACAUGGUAGAGGUGUUGAGAGCAGAUUUCAACUUUAGGUAGUAUUUUCUUUUUCAUUUGCUCUGUAGAAUAAGGCAAGCUGAAAUGCCACAUUAGUGCUAAAGAGCUCAGGGAUAAAGAUUCCAGGCCUUGCUGGAAAAGCCCAGCAUGCCUGGACCAGGCCAAUGAUUACCAGAAGUGUGAAGAUUCCUGCAAAGCCCGGUAAAGGGAAUUGAAGGGACAGAAAAGCUUCCUUGCUUGUUAAAAUUUUGGGGGAGCAAAGAAACUGGGUGGAAGCACUGAGGUUUGGGAAGCUGCCUCUCUCCAGUUCACAUUGUUCAUCCCUUUUUAAUAGUGGUGGGAUUUUACAGAAGAUGGGAGAUCAUAGAAUCCCAGAAUGGUUUGGAUUGGAAGGGAUCUUAAA